GUAGUGCGUAGAAUCGAAUGAAUUCAGAGAUAUACGAAAUAAUAUUUUCUUUAUUUAGGGUCAAAUAAAAAUGGGAAAUUGUCUCAAAUCAACUUCAAAUGACGACCUAACUCUACUAAAUGGAAGGACAAGUGAAACCAAUCGUGAAUCUAUUGAUCAUGACCAGAAUCUGCACUUUCCAGAGAAUAUCCAGCCGAUAUUUUAUCCAUCGCCUGGCGUGAGUCAUCAAAGUGCUCAACAACUGACCGAAGAUGAACAAAUCAAGAUAGCAAAACGAAUUGGAUUAAUUCAACAUCUACCAAUUCAUCAAUACACAGAUGAGAAUUUUAAGUCAAAGAAAGUCCCCAGUGAAUGCGAUAUAUGUAUGAAUGACUUCGUGGUUGGCGACAGCAUUCGAUAUCUACCUUGUAUGCAUCAAUAUCAUGUACAUUGUGUAGAUAAUUGGUUGAUGAGGUCCUUAACAUGCCCAUCUUGCUGUGAACCUGUUGAUGCUGGCCUCCUUACGUCUUUUGAAACAAUUUAAUCGUCCGUCUUAUAAAUUACUAUUCAAAAUAUUUUCUACGCCGAAACAUUUGAAGAGAAAGAAGAGGAAGAGUCGAUUGAUGUGUGAAUUGCACUGCAUUUUAAUCCAACUUCAAAGUGAAUCUUUAAAAUGAAAAAGAUGAAAACAAUAAUUUAGCUGAAAACACUGGGAUAACUCAUAAUAAUUAUUGAAACUAAUUCAGGACGUUAUCAAACAUGAAAAAGAGAUAAUCUAUGGGAAAACUUUUUUUAUCGUCGUCGUCGUAACUCGUAGUUGUUAUGUUAAAAUAAGCCGCCGUCUGAAGUGCGAUGAAGUCAAAAAGUGUGUUGAAUGACGUUCGUUUGCCACCGAUGGCAAAUAUAAGGUAAAAAUCUGCAAGAAUGAAGAAAAAAAAUUGAAAAUUCUACCAAAGGCUCUUAAUCACAUUACGCUCACGUCAAGUUUCUUUGUCCGCUUCUUACAAAAUCCAAUUAAAAAGUACAUUUAAUAGAAAUUUUUUGAUGAAUGUAAGAGUUGUCAGGACUUAUGUGGUGCUAACAUGCUUGUAAGAUAGUGGGACGUAAACAUUUCUUGAGAGAAUGGAUUGAAAUAUGUGAUGAAGAAUGAUGAUCCCUGGUGGAUAUGAUUUUUGGCGCAUUUCUAAAAAUUUUCCUUUCGUAAUUUUGGUUUGAUUUUGAAGGUUUUUUGAAGUAUACUUUUCGUGAAAUCCGUUUCUUAAAACAAUAUUUCCUUAAACAAUACCUAUGUAUAUCCUGAUAAUAAUUUAAGAUGGGAAUUAUAAAAAUAUUUGUACUAACAUAAAAGAUGACCUGGUUUGGUCACUUUAUCAAAUUUUAACGAUCUUUAUGUUUAAGUUUUUAUUGACCGAAAUAUGAUUAAACAUUGAAAUGUAAAUUUAUGCGAUUUGUAGACUGUGAUUAAAAUAAAUAUAAAAGUAAAAAACA